AUGUCUUUAUCAAAAUUAUCAAACACCGACCCCUUGAUGGCGCUUCCCGUGGAGCUUCAACUCGAAGUCGUCAAAUACCUAGGUAUCAAAGAGUUAAUCGCCCUUGUGGAAACCCACCAGCACUGGAGCAAGGUCAUUCGAACCCACAAAUCCAUUCAAAAGGGUCUCUACACAUUCCUAGACAAUGGCGUCGGGAUCCACAAUCUGCUCAUUCAGGGCGUUGGCGAGGAUUUAGAAUGUGAAUUGGAUGAAAAAACCAACCUUUUGAAAUCGAUGACCUACCUAUCACCGUCUGAAUCCGCAACUAAAGCUCAGGAUCCAAAGACAAAGAUAACAAUCCCAGUUAAUUCUCCACUCUUGGAUGAACCGGUUAUAUUCCCUGGAUCACUACCCCCGACGAUACCUCUGUUCUGGAAAACAUACGACGAUGAUAUUAUUUUGCCUCGGACUCAAUAUCCUGAUUUGGACUUCCUGGGGUUAGAACCUCUAAGAAGCCCCUCACCUCUGCAAUUAGAACGCACGCCCCCAAUUAGAGAAUUUACCUCCAAUCGACCCUCCACACCGUCUGAUUGGCUUUGGGGGGCGGACAUUUUGAAGCCGAGGGCCUCUGACUCAAUAUUUCCAGACUUUGAAUCUGAAGAAAACCCCCAGGACUUUGAAUCUGAGGAAAAACCCAAGGACGUCGAAACGGAAACCAAAGAUCCAGACGAUUUACCUUCUCGAGGGGAAUUUACGAUCAGACAUAUGCUCCAGGCUAUUAUGACAGAGGCAUUAGGACAUAGGAAGCUCUUGCAUUCGGUACAAUCAAGACCGCGCGAAUAUGUAUGGUCAGACGACGGGAAAGGUUUUGUUAAAGCUUCCGAGGAUUGCGUGUUUACUUUCGCGGGGCAGGAUCCUUCUUCUGGGACUAAACAUGAGGGAUCGGAGCCUUGCGAGCCGUGGGUAUUUUCUGUGAGUUUGAGCAAGAAGCUGAACGGGACCUUGACGAUUUGA